UUACCUUGCCUACACUAGGUUUCCGUAAGACAUUUUAUAACAGUGAAAUAUGGAAUAUUAUGAAUACUGAUAUAAGAAUUGAUUUUUGGCAGUCCAUAAGCAGCAGAAUAAUUCAUAAUAAUGAAAUAAAGUGAUGCAAUAUAAAACGCUGCGGACUUUUCCUGGCGUCAUUUGUCGACAUACCAAGUUGUAGGAACAUUGAAGGCGUUUUUGGUGGCGGGAUCGUCUUUUUAUAGAUGAUCAUGGCGAGGAAGUGUUUUCAGUAUAUCAACUUUAUUCUGGUCUCCUCACUGUUGGUAUCCCAGAUACAAGAAACCAUAUGUUCAACUGAUUGUACACACAAGAAGCAGGGUAUGGAGGACGGUGCGAUAACAAACGAUAUGAUAACAUCGUCUUCAUCAUUGGAAGGCCAUUUGGCGCAAGAAGCGCGCCCCACCAGCAAUACCAUUGGAUGGAUUCCUGAAACAACAAAAAAUGCCGGACAAGAAUGGAUACAGGUCAAGUUCCCAUUUGCACACCUUGUUACUGGAAUAGUUACAGAGUGGGUGUACGAGACGGAUCUGUCGUCUUUCAAUGCCAGCGGAGAAGAAACCCAAACCAUGUAUCACGAGAGCUUCAGAAUUGAAUACGGACCACAUGAGAGCGCCCUCUUGACAACUGAAGAGCUGAUCAUUUUAAACAGUACGAAAGGUGAAGUACAAACGACGAAUAUAGAUCCCGUUUAUACUCGAAUAUUUCGCAUUAUACCUCUAAGCACCACUUCGCAGCAAAUUGGGCUCAAAUUUGAGAUCUUAGGAUGUAAUCAAACGAGCUGCCAAUGUCCUGAAGAUUGUUACCACGUGCCACAGGGAAUGGCUGAUAGACGUAUUAAGACCGAACAGAUAUCAAUAAUGUACUCAAGAAUGAUGUACUCCAAUAAUUAUAACAACGUACGGCUUAAUGAUGAUUAUGGCUUAACUCGAAAUAAAAAUUUCCAAUGGCUACAGGUUACUUUUGAUGAAAUACACAUCAUUUCAGGAGUCAUCACCAAAGGAGGUUAUCGCUAUUACUCCACUGACUAUUUUUCUACAAAUUAUGUGGAAACAUUCGAUAUAGAAUUGGGCUUAGAAACUGAUGAUUUACAACGCAUCAACCAGACGUUCAACGGAAACACAAACAGAAAUACCAGUGUAAUCAAUAUAUUUGAAGCGCAAUUUUCCCGUAUUUUCCGUAUCAUUCCACUUUCGACUUCGUCAUAUUAUUACGGUCUUCGGCUAGAGAUCUUGGGCUGCUACAUCACCAAAUCAUGUGGAUGUUUCGUAGGAAAUAACAACAAACUUCAGGGUUUGAUGGACGGUCGAAUCAGUGCUCGCCAAUUGUCAGCGUCAUCUCAAUAUGAAAUGAUUGAUGGCUAUGGCCCAGCAAGCGCCCGCCUUCAGAGCCACAUGAACGAUCAGAGUUUUGGAUGCUGGGUUCCAAAUGGAAUGACGAAUCAAUGGAUACAGGUUGUUGAAUUCUCAGGCACGCUCUUACUAACAGGAGUUGCAACGCAAGGUUGUCAUAGUAAUUACAUAGGCCAGUGGGUGUACACAUUUAAUAUUGCAGUCGGAUUCCAAGGAACGGCACUGACAACCCUCGAUGAGACUUUCAUAGGGAAUUCUGAUGCGAAUACAGUGGUAGUGAAUGUUUUCACACCAGUUUAUGCCAAUGUAAUGCGACUCAUUCCAAUAUCUACACAGAGUAUAUUCUUCGGCCUACGUUUUGACAUUUACGGGUGCAUGAUUCCAGAUGAGUGUACAAAUAACGAGUUUGACGUCAGAAUUGACAACGCAGGCUUCAUCGAGAUCCAGUUAAACGGAAAAGACUGGGGUAGAGCCUGUAAGGAUGACAUCAAUAACCACGAAGCUGACUUGGUGUGUCAAUAUCUGGGUUAUUCAAGAGCUAAAGGACAUCAUCAUUCAUCGGACAGCCAAUUCGAAAAUAAAAAGUUUGAAAUCCAUUGCGACAAUGGUGAUUAUGCGCUGUUCCAAUGUGAGGUCACUGAACGGAGCGACUGCAAGCACAAAUACAAAACCGUGGAAUGCGAAACAUGUACGUACGUCUGAUAAAUAAACAGUGAAACAAACAUAUAUUUUAUAAUAAAUUAUUGUUAUAUAAUAUGCAAUUUUUAAUAGGGAGGUCAAAAGAUGGGUGCGCUGUACGACGGUUGUACAACCGUCGGGCGAAUCUAUCUCCGCCUGACAACGCGACGUCGUCUGCUGACAGUCAAAUUGCAGACGCAGACCAUUGCAGAUUGUUAUUAAAAAGUUGGUUGCUCGCUCUUCGUCCCUUUUUUUCUCGUGGAAUCGGCGGAGUUGUACCCGACUUAAAGGAAAGAAAAAUCAACACCCAAGCUCAUGAGCUCCAGGCCGGUGUCUCCAUCUCACUUUCUUUACCAUUUCGGUCAAACCGUGCAAUGCGGAGCGUAUGGGGGAAGGGUCGAUAUUGGAUAGCCCCAGUCCAAUAACUACCAGGAAGAGGACGGUAGGCCCACUAAGAUCAAAACAGCAUAUCUUCAUAAGACACCACAAUAAUAGCCUAUACAGUACACAGGUAAAAUAAUGGCUAUAUGCCUAAAACAAUCAAAACUUUAAAAUGCGCAAAUAAUUA